CUUUUUGUCUUGUUUUUCCCAGAAUCCCCCAGGCUGUCGGCAGGCUCUUCCAGCAGCAAUGAAAAGUUCUCAAGCUCUCCCUCUUACUCCACAGACAUUUAUGAUUCGGACCGACCUGUAAGCCUCAUCUCUACAGCAUCUUCUGGCUCCCUUCGUGAGAGCCGUGAUCUCUAUGAACAUAUCAGACCAGCAGAAGACGAGCCAUUGGGUAACACUCCAACUGGUCUGGACAUGGAGCUAGUGUCUGGAGACACCCUGCACACCACUUUCCGGGAUAUUCAAAGUGGAUUAAAAAAUUCCCACACUGUAAACGGCAACAAUAAUGUUAACCGACGAAGCCGUGGUUCUAGGUCUCUUUCUCCAUUCGGGACCAAAGUUAGUGGGAUUUCUAACAAACUCACUUAUGUGGAACGCGUGGUUCUGGAAAUUAUAGAUACUGAGAGGAUGUACGUCCAGGAUCUACGCAGUAUUGUGGAGGAUUAUCUGGGAGGCAUUAUAGACAAACAGGAGUUGCCUAUGAAACCAGAGCAAGUCAGCGCUCUCUUUGGAAAUAUUGAGGAUAUUUAUGAAUUGAACAGUGAACUUCUCCAGGACCUGGACAGUUGCAGAGAUGACCCUGUGGCUGUGGCCACCUGCUUUGUGGAAAAGAGCCAAGACUUUGAUAUUUACACCCAGUACUGUAAUAACUAUCCAAAUUCUGUGGCUACCCUGACUGAAUGCAUGAGGAACAAAGUCUUG